UUAACAGUUAUAUACAUUCGUGGCUGAUUCGGUUACCAUGGUGUAUUGUUUCUGAAAGAACCAUGGGUGUUUAUUCCAAGAUUUUCUCGUUUUUAUUUUUUGGGACUACAUUUCUGAUCGAAACAAAUGAAGGUCUUUUCUCCGGUUUAUUUAAUAAGGGACCCAUAACUGAAUCCGUACUUAACGUAUAUUGUGGUUAUAUAAAAAAAGCACCUCGUUCUGAAGAACCCUUGUUAUUUUCACCUUGGAUGGUUGUUUUGACCACUAAGUCAGUGAAAGGGAGGGAAACUGUUGUGAAAUGUGGAGCGACACUGAUCAGUGGAAAAAAUGCAAUAACAUCUGAAGCUUGCUUGAGACAAUACAAAGCUUCCGACCUCCAGGCAAUCUUGGGAGCCCCAAGUCUCAAACUAUUACACCAGGGCACCAAAAAAAAAGUCGCCAAAAUAAACGUUCUUCUGAGCGAUCAGCGAAUAGCUGUGUUGGAUUUCGGAUACGUUAUAUUCGGUAACACAAUCAGACCUGUCUGCUUACAUGGGUCAGAAUUUUCGGGAGUUUUCGCCACAGUUGGUUGGGGGGCGUCAAAACAACCAAAAAAAAAGAAGUCUGAGGUAACUUCAAAAAAAGUUGCUUAUUUGAGUUUGCAGGAUUAUUGCAGAGUAGAUGGUUACUGUGCUGAGGUCUUACCAGCUGAAGAACCUUGGGAAAUGACGGUAGAAGAAAUUAAGGAAGGUUCUCCACUCUUAGUGGAAAAAGAUUCGUACUGGUAUUUACAAGGAAUCAUGAUUUUGCUAGAUGAUGAGGACGACGAGAAUGAAGAACCCAAUGAUGAAGAAGGAGAAAAUAAGAAUAAGAAGAAAGAUGAAACCAAAAAGAAGGAAAAAGAUAAAAAAGACAAAAAUAAAGAAAAGGAAGAAGACAAGGACGAAAACAAAGAAAACUCCGGACAAGACACUGAUAAUGGAAAUGACGGAGAAGUAGAUGAAGAAGAAAAGGAAGAUAAAGCUGAAGAAUCUAAUCCUGAUGAAAAUGAAGGUGCCAACGAAAAUUCUCCCGAUGAGAAUAAUGAUGAAAAAGAAAACGAAGAAAAGGAAACAAACGGAGAUGAUAAUGAUGAUACUGAAAAAGGUACAGAUGAUGAAAACGGCGAAGAAGAAGCAGCAGACAAUAAGGAUGUCGAGAAAAGAGAGGCAAGAGAAAAUGAUCGAAGUGAACAUGUGAAUUUUGGAAUGAGAAGAAAUGCUGGCAAAACACUUAUAAGAAAACGCGGAAAAGCUAAAACGUAUGACAUAUUUUUCGUUAAAAUUAACGCCGAAAUUCUUGAUGAACUUAAGCAUCUCAUGAGCCUGUUGUCAUAGUUAUAUAUAUGGAAAUAUAAACUUGGUAUUCUU